AUGUUGGGCAGACAUCGACUGCGGUUAGGGCGGGUGAUAUGGCUGGGCGCCGUCCUCAUGGUGUACCAGACUGCCCAGGCCCUUUUCGAUGAACCCAAACCUUUGGCUGUCUGGGAGGAUCCGGUGCCAUCGCCCAAUGUGCCAAAACCCGUGAAAUGGACGGACAAGAAUUUCGGACAAUGGUGCCGAAACUUUACUUCUGGAAGGUAAAUUAAUAGAUUUCUUACUUAAUUUAACAGCCUUUCUUAAUAUUUUUAAUAGGCUUUGUACCUUUUGUAAAUAAAGACUGGAAGCGGUUUGUUUAAACAACAUUAUUAAACGAACGGUACUUUACACUUGGGUUUUGCAGCCAUUUCCAAUGCCCUCAGGGCUCUCCGUUCCACUGGUAUUACUGUUGUGGCACGUCAAUGACCGAAUGUUGUGCAGCGCCACAAACAUGGACAAUUGUGGUAUUUGGUUCACUGUUUGUUGUAAGUUUAAACUAAUAGCUCGGAAGUUACUCUCUUAGCUAAACGCGUUACUGUAUUUUGGUUUAAAGCUGUUUUUUGGAUUGGAAAUUGUGAAACAUUCCUGAAACUUGCGAGGGCACACCUAAAACUCUUGAAAACAAGCGUUGGUUACUGUAAUGUUAGCUGAAUAAGCUAGCUUUGUAUUGGCUCAGAAAUCACUUGUUAGCAGGGAAAAUACUGUAAUGACUUUAAUAGCAACUGUUCUUUAAGAAUUACGACAACAAACCUAAAAUCAGAACAAUAUUCUCAACAACAAGCGUUAACAGCAGUAUGAUUAGUUCAGCCAGUUUUGUUCUGGCUUAAUAAUAACCAUAAAAACGUCGGUAAUUACAAGCGGAGGCGACUGUUAUUUACCUAAAAGGCUAGACUUAUUUUGUAUUGUCAAAUUGUGGUUUGCAGUAGCUGUUCCUGGUAGCUUUAACUAAAACGUUCUCUGGUUAUUUUAUUUUUUUAAAAGUUUCCUUUGGUGAACUUGACUCAUUCGUCGACUUGUUUACAGCAACUUUCAUACUUUACGGAGUAAUUACACUGAAUAACGGAGUAGGAUGGUGAUAUCGCUGCUUCCUUACAAGACUAUUUCAUAAUAUAACACGGUUUUUCUUGAACUACUUUUGCAAGUUUAAAUUCUAAAUUUAACUAACUAGAUUUUGAACAAAAAACAUUUUUAGUUUGCGAAAUGUUGUUUUGAAAAAGCUCACAAUAUGUAUAACUUGCAAUACUAAAUAUUAUAAUGUUGUCUAAGGCUCAGAAUUAUUUGAAAAAACUAAUAAAAAACCGGCCAACUUUAAAAUUUGAAUACUAAAUAAAAAUCCUGAAUUAUGUUAAACAAAAACUAAAAAAUUAGGUAUAUGUUAGAGUAAACAGCCUAAUGGGAUAUUGCUUUUAAAGUUUAUAUUGCUUUCAAUUUCAGUCGACAGCAUUCCUGGUCGUUCUCUCCAUUCUCGCUCAUCUUGAUUUGAUCUGGUCCAACGAUAAACCUCAAAAGAUCUCAAUGUUAAAUUAUAACCCGGUAAAAACGCCUGCCAUCGUAUAA